GUGGGCUGAGCUUAGACGUGUUGUCUCAACGUGAGUGCAGCUAGCACACACUGUCCUGCUGAACCUCCGUGUGCUGGUUGGAGAAGCUUUUACAUCUAAACCAGGUUUUGGAGACCAGCUGAUCUACAACCAAAGCACUUGGGCAGAAGAGGAGAAGGUAGUCAGUCUGGAGACCCUCAGAGAAGACCUGCAGAAAAAGACGUGAAGAUCCAAAGACUAGAGGAUACGAAAGUGACAGCAGUACCUGAAGAAGUUCUCUGAUGCUUCUCAUAGAAGCUGUUUUCGUUCCCGAAGCAGUUUAUUUCUUUUUCUUUUGGUGCUAAAAGAAGCAGCUCAGCCUUGAGUAGAAGUUUCCUCUGUUGUCCUACUUUCCUGAUUGGUGAGUGACAGCAGCUGAGAGAGACUGUAGAGACCUUGGUUAGCUUGGUUUAGAAGUGGACAUCAUGUUUGACUGCAUGGAGGCUCUAGGAGUUGGUGCAAGGCCUCUCUUUAGCGUGUCCACUCAGGGUUCCUGCAUGCUGCGCAAGGCUAGCUCCUUCUUCUCUGGGCUGGAACCCUUCUCCUGGUCCAACGGCACCAGCGCCAACCUGCAGUCGGUGGAAACUCAAAGUACGAGUUCAGAGGAGAUGGUGCCCAGUUCCCCCUCUCCACCCCCUCCCCCUCGGGUCUACAAGCCUUGCUUUGUGUGCCAGGACAAGUCCUCAGGCUACCACUAUGGAGUCAGCUCCUGUGAAGGAUGCAAGGGUUUCUUUCGCCGCAGUAUCCAGAAGAACAUGGUGUACACCUGUCACAGAGACAAGAACUGCCAGAUCAACAAGGUGACCCGCAACCGCUGCCAGUACUGUCGCUUACAGAAGUGCUUUGAGGUCGGCAUGUCUAAAGAAGCGGUGCGGAAUGACCGGAAUAAGAAGAAGAAGGACGUGAAGGAGGAGGUGGUCUUGCCAGAAAGCUACGAGCUGAGUGGAGAACUGGAAGAGUUGGUCAACAAAGUCAGCAAAGCCCACAGAGAAACCUUCCCUUCACUAUGUCAGCUGGGGAAAUACACUACUAACUCGAGCGCAGAUCACAGGGUGCAGCUGGAUCUGGGUUUGUGGGACAAGUUCAGUGAGCUCUCCACUAAGUGCAUUAUAAAGAUAGUGGAGUUUGCCAAGCGGUUGCCUGGCUUCACCUCCCUCACUAUCGCAGACCAGAUAACCCUGCUCAAAUCUGCCUGCCUCGACAUCCUGAUGUUGCGGAUCUGUACGAGGUACACUCCAGAGCAGGACACCAUGACCUUUUCGGACGGGCUGACUCUUAACCGAACACAGAUGCACAACGCCGGUUUCGGUCCCCUCACUGACCUUGUGUUCGCCUUCGCUGGCCAGCUCCUUCCUCUUGAGAUGGACGACACAGAGACUGGUCUCCUCAGCGCCAUCUGCCUCAUUUGUGGAGACCGCAUGGACUUGGAGGAGCCUCAGAGAGUGGACCGGCUACAGGAGCCUCUGCUGGAAGCAUUAAAGAUCUAUGCCCGAAGAAGACGCCCCAACAAACCACACAUGUUCCCUCGCAUGCUCAUGAAGGUCACCGACCUCCGAGGCAUCAGCACUAAAGGAGCGGAACGAGCCAUCACGUUGAAGAUGGAGAUCCCAGGCCCCAUGCCUCCUCUCAUCCGCGAGAUGCUGGAGAACCCAGAGGUCUACGAGGAGAGCAGCGACUCCGGGGAGAGUGCGGCCGCUGCCCCGCUACCGCCCCCUGCCAUCCAGGCCAUCAAGCGCGAGCGGGAUGAAGAUUCAGCCCCUGAGGAGGAGGACGAUGAAGAGGACGAGUGCGGAGAGGAGGAAAGGGAGAGAGGCGGGGACAGCGAGGAUGAAAGCUGGGGUCUUCUGCAGGGGGACGUGGGCGGGGCCAGGAAGAGCGCAACAGGCAGGGCGCAGUGAUUGGUGGAGACUGUUGGAGGUGUGUAGGAGUGAUUUAUCAUUAAUAAUUUAUGUGGACAGCAAAACACCACAGCAUUGGAACCUUUCUUCUGACAACAUGCCUUCAUACUCGUGCACAUUCAGAUGUACUCUUCAGUUUAUAUGCGUUCCACAUGCAGAUACCACCCCAGAUUCCUUAUGCUCCAGCCAUGCUUGGAGUACAGGCAGCCAUCCCUCCAGACUGGCGUAAUAUAUGGACUGGCUCUGGAAGUUAAUGACAGAACGAUGAGACUGAUAAAGUUCAUUUUGAUCAUGAAUACUGGAGUCUGAAUGAGGUGAAAAGAAGCUGCCAUUCCAUUUUUUACAUAUUUGCGUAUUUGACAAGCACAAUUAAAAAAUGUAGAGAUGCCAAAAAUCUUUAAAGGGCCUGUAUUAUGAAAAUUCUCUUUUUUGAUGAAAGAGUUUAAUGUACUAUGUAAACAUCACUAUGGUAAAACUACAGGACGGUAAUGUGCUUUUUCAAUCCAUUGGUUUUGUAAUUUUACAAAAAACAAUGCAUUUGCAUACACUGUAAAAAAUGGCUCGUCAAAAUUACUUCAUGUGGUGACAAGUAAAUUAAUUAUAUUCAACCUAAAAAAUACUUUGAUUAAGCGAUUCUUUCAAUGAAUGUAAUUUUGGGAGUUGAAUAAAAUUCAAAAUUCGAAGUUCAGUUGCUUUUUUUUUUUUUUUAGGUGGAACUGACAAGCCAUUUUUAACAGUGUACUCUAUAUCCACCUAAUAAGCCCACAGCAGUUUCACAUUAUGUUUCUAAGUGUUUGUGCCCAAGCUGCUUUUUCAGUGAGGCACAGUGCAGGACAGCCAAUCAGAACAGAGCUCAAUUGCAUAUAUCAGUCUUAAAGGCACAGCCUGUUUAAUUCUAAGGGGUGAAAAGAGAGAUUGGAAAAUGGAUUGUUUUUAAUAUGAGAAUAUCUUAAAUGGACUUCUGGGGAAAAACAAAUUAUAAGAAAAAUUCAGGAUAUCAUCCUAAAUAGACAAGUAAGCAACCGAAAACAGUGAAAAACUUCAAUCCAGAUGGUUUGCAUUGCUUUUCAUUUCAUGUAACUUUUUCAGUCUUUGCACAUAUGCAGUUCUAUUUAUUUUUCUAUGCAUAUGCCAACUAUUUCCACCUGUGUUUUUUGCGUCAUAAUUACGAUGUUACUUCGGUUCAUAACUAUAUAUCUUCAACUGGCAACUGGCAAGGCUGCAUUUUAAGCUGAGUUUAGGGCCCCUUAGGGGAUACUGAGGUUGGAGGGAAAUAUUUGAGCAGCAUUCUUUUUCUCCAAAUCAUCACUCAAGUACUUCUUCUUUUCCUUUUGCAAGCUCUUCUGUCCACAUUUAGUUCUGUUCUUUGUCAGAACUGUUUGUCAAGAAGCAAUGUUAGUGUCAGAGCUUGAUUUAAUGAGACAACUACAUCUGGAAAGCAGUUUGUGUUUGAUUAAUUUUUUUAGGAAAGAAAUGCAGGAUUAGUUUGUACUACGGUAUCACUACCAAAGUAACUGAAACUGUCUAGGCGUCAGUUUAAUAUGGUGGUAACUGACCUUUCGCUAAACCCCUCCCCUAAAUACAGACUGACAAAUCGUAGCUUAGCAACUGUAGCAAGACCUGUGCAGAUCUGACAAGGUUUCAGAACUUUAGAGUCAGGGGUGCAAGUCAGAGUUGAGUCUCGAUUCUCUGAUCUGUGAGUCUGAAAUGGGUCUUCAGUCUCUGGGCUACAAAUCUGAGUCUUGAGUUUCUGGUGUGUGAGUCCAAGUCAUGUCUCGAGUCUCUGGAAUGCUACACCGAGUCAAGUCUCUGAGAUACGAAUCCGAUGCAAGUCUGAGUCGAGUCUCAAGUCUCUGCGGUGCAAGUCUGAGUUGAGUCUCUAGUCUUUGAGCUGUGAGUCUGAGUUGAUUCUUCAGUCUCUGAGAUGCAAGUCACCAUUGAGUCUCAAGUCUUUGAGGUGUAAGUCUGACUCGAGUCUCUAGUGUGUGAGUCUGAGCCAAGUCUCUAAUCUCUGGAGUAUGACAGAGAGUCGAGUCUCAAGUCUCUGAGGUGCAAGUUCUAGUAAAGUCUCUGGUAUGUGAGAUUGAGUUAGGUCUUGAGUCUAUGAGGUGCUAGUCCAUGUCAAGUCUUGAGUCUCUGGAGUGCAAAUACGAGUCGAGACUCAAGUCUCCAAGGUGUGAGUCCAAGUAGAGUCUUUAGUUUCUGAGGUGAGAGUCUGAGUCGAGUCUCGAAUCUCUGAGGUGCGAGUCCGAGUUGAGUCUCUAGUCUCUGAGCUGUGACUCAGAGUGAAGUCUCAAGUUUCUAAAGUGCAAGUCCGAGUCAAGUCUUGAGUCUCUUGAGAGCGAGUCCAAGUUAAGUCUCCAGUCUCUAGACAGCAAAACUGAGUACUGAGUCUCUGGAGUGCAAGUGUGAGUGGAGUCUUGAGUCUCUGGAGUGCAACAGGGAGUAGAGUCUCGAGUCUCUGAGGUGCGAAUGCAAAUCAGGACUCGAGAAUCUGAUGUGCAAGUCUGAGUCAAGUCUCAAGUCUCUGAGCUGUGAAUCCAAAUUGAGUCUUUAGUCUCAGAGGUGAGAGUCCAAGUUGAGUCUCGAGUCUCUGGAGUGCGAGUCCAAGUCAAGUCUUGAGUCUCAGAGGUGAGAGUCUGAGUCGAGUCUUGAGUCUCUGGAGUGCAACAGGGAGUAGAGUUUUGGGUCUCUGGAGUGCGAGUCCAAGUCAAGUCUUGAGUCUCAGAGGUAAGAGUCUGAGUCGAGUCUUGAGUCUCUGGAGUGCAACAGGGAGUAGAGUUUUGAGUCUCUGGAGUGCAACAGGGAGUAGAGUUUUGGGUCUCUGGAGUGCGAGUCCAAGUCAAGUCUUGAGUCUCAGAGGUAAGAGUCUGAGUCGAGUCUUGAGUCUCUAGAGUGCAACAGGGAGUAGAGUUUUGAAUCUCUGGAGUGCAACAGGGAGUAGAGUUUUGAGUCUCUGGAGUGCGAGUGCAAGUCAAGUCUUGAGUCUCUGGAGUGCAAGUCCGAGUCGAGACUUGAGUCUCUGAGGUGCGAGUCCAAGUCCAGUCUCCAGUCUCUAGACAGCAAAACCGAGUACUGAGUCUGUGACAUUGGAGUCAAAAUCAAGUCUUGAGUUGUUUUGUUUUCUAUAACAUUAUUUGAAGCUCUGCGAGUUCCAGCAGCAGUUUUUUUUUCUUAAACUGAAAUUUUUCUUGAAGGCUGAAUCGUCUACAUUUGCAAUAGAAAACAGCACAAGUUAACAAACCAAGCUGCAAGGUUUGUCAGACACAGCAACAGUAACCAAGAGGGGAGGGGCUUAGCAGAGGGUCUAUUAAAGUGUGUAAACGGUUCAGUUUUGCAUCAUAAGCGCUCAAACAUUCUUCCAAAGGCGACAUGAUACGUCUGUAGUUCAGGGCAGACCAAACCUUUCACUCAGGGCAACUAUAUACAAGGACCAAAUCAUAUCUGCAUCCAGAUCAGCCAGUCUGGCUGCCACAGUACUCCAAAUUGGACAUUGUUUCAGGCAUGCAUCCAAUACGAGCUCAAAGCUGUAUACACCAGCUAAUACAAUAUUUCUUGCAUAAUUAAAGAACAUUACUAGCUUUGUGCUACAUUUUUGUAUAUUUACUCUGUUAAAAUGCACUUGUAUAAUGAAAAAUCUGAGAGUGCCUUACUGGAUCAUUCCCCAGUUCAGUGUGAUGUCAGUCCAUAAAUCUGUUCUCAUGAGCCAUAAUCAUAAUCGUAAGCAUUAUGAAAGCUUCAUACCUCUUUAUAGUGUUGGAUGGACAUGCAGUACAUAUAAAUACACGCAAAGCUCUUCUUUAUUUUGCUCUUCUGGUGCUGAAGUAGAUUAUGCAAGAAUGCAGUACAGAAUGUAAUGCAUAUCCUUAAUGGGACAUAGCCAUAAGGUUUGACAUCUUAUAGGGCUUGUGUACAUGUUUGCGUUUGUGUGUUGCAUGUUUAACUUGUGUGUGUGUGCACUAUUUUUUAUGUUAAUGCUUAAAAUUUGUCCCUACUGAUUUGUAUAUUGUAUGACUUCUAUCUGUUUUCUGCAGUGUUUUCAUUACGGUCUUCUUUACAAUACAAAAGUAUUGAGAUUUUUGCUA